UAAAUAUUUCGAAUCCAAGAAUAUUGUUUGAUAUUUUAAAAUGUAUUCCAAAAAUGUCAUACUGUUUUUCUGCGCGGCAUUAUACUUUUUGCAAUGUCAGGGUGGUUCAAAUGAAGGACAACUUGGUAUUACUCUCCCAACUGAUGAUCAGCUUGAUAUUAUACAAGAAGAAUUCGAGAAAUAUUCAAAUCCUGACGGUAUAGUCGAGGGAAAAUACAAGACCAUAAACUUGAUAGGAAUAAGAGAUAUCAUUGAAAAAGUAGUACAGCGACUCGAUUCAAACAAAGAUAUCCCCACUGUUGAUGCAUUGAAAACUAUAUUAUUAAACAUUACAUUCACAGAAGAGGAAGUUAAAGCAUUAUUGAAUCCAUUCAUGUAUGGUAAAGCAUAUGUUGAAGGCAGAUCGAAUGUGGCGGGAGUGCUAUUCGCUUUGCAAGGUAAGCCAAAUGGCAUAUUAUUUAAAGAUUUACAAAAAAUAAUUGAUGGAAUACAAAAGAAUAAAAUUGUACCGGGUGCCGAAUUUCCAUAUCAUAAAGAAUUGAAAACGGCAUUAUCGUACAAUAUGUCAAAAUCAGAUUACCAGUUUGGCCAGAUCGUAGUUGAAUAUAUCAUCACUGAAUAUUUAUUUCCUGGAUGUACUGAUUCUUUUAUUAACCAAAAAUAA